AUGUUCUACAUAUUCAGUAGAAAUAGUAGAAUUUAAAAUUAUUACAAUUAUUAUAUUACUUGUUUUGGAUAUAUUGGAUCUGAUGGAGUUUGCAAAGGUGAUGUUGGGGGUUUUAGUGUAGAACAAGAAAAUGUGAAAAUAGUUCAUUCAAUACUAAUGAACUUUUUUAAUAUUACCAAAAUACUUGUAAUGCUUGUAAGACAAAUGGCAAAACAUGUGUUUCAGCAUUAAGAGCUUGUUAUACCUAUAAAAGUACUGCCACCAUUUGUGCUAAAUAUAUUGGUAAUGAUGGAUAUUGUAAAGGAACCAGUGCAACAACUGAAACUUCUAGCUUACCAAUAGAGCUCCAGAUACAACAACUACUGA